AUGGAUGAAAAUCCAAUCGAAAAUGAUGAAAAUGAUAAUGAAAAUAUAGUAGCUGAAAACAAUUUCCAAUUUCAUGGAACUCUUAAAGGCUUACUUAUUGGUGAUUCUGGCUAUCCGUGUUUUCGUUGGUUACUUACGCCCUAUUUAAAUCCAACUACAGCAUCUCAGCGUAGAUAUAAUAUAUCUUUAAGAAAAACAAGGGUUAUAAUUGAACAAGUGUUUGGAAGGUGGAAAAGACGCUUUCAUUUGCUUCAUGAUGAAAUUCGAAUGACCCCUGAAAGAACCUGUACCAAAAUUGCUGCGUGCGCAGUAUUGCAUAAUUUAGCAAUACAGUUAAAUGACAGAGACAUGGAUGAAAAUCCAAUAGAAAAUGAUGAAAAUGAUAAUGAAGAUAUUGUAGCUGAAAAUAGUUUCCAAUUUCGUGAUGAUUUUGCUUUGCGACAUUUUUGA